UCUGGCAGGUGCUCUUCCCAGUCAAAACGAAGCGCCACGCGACUGCUGAUCUAUUGGAAAUAAAAUUAAAUGAGAUAAAAUAAAACAAAACACUUGAGUUCAUCGGGAUAAUUUUUUUUAGAGAAUUGGUACUCCCAUUUUUGUUGUAGGCUACUCAAAAUUUAUACACAGUUGACUGUCUUUAUGGUGAUGUGUCACGUUUCUUUGCUGUGGUUACUACUGUUUGGUUUAUGUCCUGUCUCUGUUCCUGAUUCCAUACCUAUUGGUAUGUUCAGGAUAGAGUGCCAUGAUCGUCAUUUCUGGUUGUCUGUCAGCUCAAAUUUCCUUGGCCACAAAUUUAGGUUUGAUGUUCAAGCAGACUCUGAAGUCCAUGAGGUUUCUGGUCAGUGGGCAGCAGAGUGUGGCUAUAUUAUGGCUCUUGACUCCUGGGGUGACCUACUGCUGCGUGUUUCCUAUCUGGCCUGUCUGGUGGAGAACCAGAGGGAGACUGAAUUUCGGUUGAUGGUGUGGUUUAUAAAUCAGGACUCAAAUGAGGAGGAGAAAUCCUACCCUUUACUACUCACCUGCCCUCUCCAGGUCCCAUGGGCACCUCGGGAGCUUGUCUGUGAGCAGAACUAUAUGGAGGUGUCUGUGCUGAAACUGCUGCCUCCUGAUAAUCACAUAGGCACAGCAUGGGUAACACCAGCUCCUGUGGAGUUGGGUGAGGGUCUGAAGGAAUGGAGGGUGGUGUUCCGUAUACCAGCGCUCAAUCAGGAGGGUGGCAUGAGGGAGGAGACUGUUCCAUUAAAAAUGGCACACUUGCUGGGCUACCACAUUAACACCACCAGCUCUCGCAUCCUCCUACGUUGUGCCUAUGGAUCCAAAAUGGCAUACACGCUCCAGUGGGGUGAGACUGACGUGGAAGUGGUCAGUGCCACCAUCUUAUACAAGCUUAAAUGGACCCUGUUGACAGUGGACAUGUCAGUGUCCUGCACCAUUGGUCAGGCUCGAAUUGAUGAUUCUGAUAUAUUGUGGUCUCUCCCACGUGACCUUCCCACUCUGGUCCAUCCUCCCUUCAUAGAAAAGGGUCUUAAGUUGGGUGUUGGGGGGCGGUACCUGUCUGAGUGUGUUGCCCACCAGCGUGGUUACAUGAUUCACAACAACAACAGAACUUUGGAGAUACGUAUUCCUUUUGGAGCUGAAGGAGGAAUCAUAAAGAGUCACGUGAUUGAUGGACUGUACUCUCAGUCAUAUUUUGUGGAUGUGUUCCUGCUGCGCGAAUGGGAGGAUACAGCAUGGAGUCUGACUCAGCAGCGGACAUUCAGAGCACUUUUUAUUUAUCACCUGCCCCGACCAGUCACACUUAUUAAUAAGACUGUGCCUUCACAGAGGGAGUUUUUCAUUUCCUUGUGCUGUUUUCCUCAUGACGUUUCUUUGGGGAAUGUGACUGUAGCAGGUCAGCCAGUACUCUGGGAGGAAAUGGAAAGGAAUGGAGUUCGUCUCUCUCAAAAUCCUUUUCCCAACAACACCUACAUGUAUCUGUUUCAGAUGCCCUUCUCUCAUCCACUCAUCCCACAAAAGUAUUUGGGAGACAGGUUUAGGAGGUAUACUCUUUAUGGGGUCUUCUCUUUCAUUCUGUUUCCUGAUGGAGAGAUCUACAACCAUUCUGCUACUGUUGAGGCAGAACUGCAGGAUGUAGUCUUGCCGAAGCUUGAAGGAGAGUGUACAGUGCAAGGUGUGCGUACAUUGGCUUACUACGGUAAUAUAGACUCCUCUGAGUGGAGUUUGUAUGUAGGAAGGAUGAAGCUUGACUGGGAGCUGGUGGAGCUUGGGGGAUUCUCUCUGGAUCCCCACGAGCUUUACCUUAGCCUGGAAGUUCCACUCUAUGCCCCUGGCAUGGCCUAUGAGGCCUUGGGACUUCAAGGUCUGUUAGUGAAUGUGCUGGUGAGUUUAAUUCAUCUGGAAACUGCAGAAGAACAGACUCAUGUGCAGCGCUGUGUGUUCCCUGUGAGAGAGUUAUUGGUGUGUCUGCCUGAAGGAAGAAUGGUGGUGAUGGUCGACACAGCUGGUGUUUCUCCCCCAGUAAACCCCAAUCACACAGCUCUAUUGGAUCCUGCCUGUAGACCAUUGGAGACUGAUAAUUCCAGAGCCAUAUUCAGUUUCUCCAUAGACUCAUGUGGCACUUUCGCAACACAUGAUGGUGAUCAGGUGAUUUAUAGAAAUGAGGUGAGAAACAUGCCCCCUUUUCCUCCACACCUGAGACCUCUCAGCCAACCUCAACCACAUUAUAGGGUUCCUCUUGGCUGUGUCCAUCCGGAAAAUGGAAAUCGCACUCUUGCCAUCUACCUGCCAUCCCAUUCUCCCAAACUUCUACCUAGGAAACACACACACAAAACAGCCUUGCACUCACACUCAAGGCAUCCUGAGGGCAGUGGUGAGGAACAGAUCAGACAUUGACAAGAUACCAAUCUUAACAGAUCAGAAAAUGCACUCAUUGCCAGUUGGAGGAUGACACCCCUAAAGCAAUAAAACUUGCCUGCACUGUUUCUAUGGAGCUGAAGGCGGAGCCUGACAGCACAAUGGAAGGGGCUCGUCCUGUUCGUCACCUCAUGACAACAGCAGAUCUGUCUAAUAAAAAUUACUUUUCACAAUCCAG